GUCCGAGCCGCGCGAGGCGAGUGCGCCUGCGCGGGGAGGAGGGGGUGGGGGUUCCGGACCACGUGGCUGACGCGGGGCCGCCCGCUUGCCUGCUGGGAGCAGAGAGGGCCGGGCCUCGAGUGCGGGAGCGAGCGAGCGAGCGCCAUGGCGUCGGCGUCAGCGGCAGGAGCAUGCUCGAGAGAAGAGGCCUCGGCCGUGGCGGCGGCGGCGGCCCCCACCGGCGCGCUGCCGGUCUUCGCGGCGGCGGCCCCCUGCGCCUUCUCCCCCGGCGGGCGGCGCUUGGUGGCUCUGUCGGGGCCCGACGGGCGGCUCCGCGUGUGGGAGACGGGCAGCAGCCGCCUGCACCACGAGUACGUGCCCUCUGCCCACCUCAGCGCCGCCUGCACCUGCCUGGCCUGGGCGCCGCCGGGAGCAGCAGGAGGAGGAGGCCGCCCGUCGCCCAGCAAGGUAUCCCCGUCCCCCCAGGGCUGGAGGGGGUCGGAGCGGGACGGGAAGGGAAGGCUGGGCCUCCUUCGCCUCCCCCGACGGGAGGGAGCCUGUCAGCCCUCGCGGGGAGGGAACGAGGGGGGAGGCAGGAAAGGAGAGGCCUCUCCCACCCCCACCCCAGAAAAAACCCGAAGCAGCAGCGAGCCUUGCUUCUUCCUCACGUGCGGCUGGGCCUCGGGUGCCCAAGAGGAAAAAGCAGCGCUUUUUGGCCUGGCCUCGUAGGGGGUGUAGUGGUUUUGCAAUAGGGGGUGAGUGGGGGUUUUCCUCCUCUUUCCCCGAUUCUUUUUUUGGGGGUGGGGGGUUUGAGGAUUUCUGCUCUAGCGGGCCCCGUCCACCUCCACCACCACCAGGGCUCCCUUGGGCCGCAGCUGCAGCACAUGUGUUCCGCUGUGGCUCCGCCCCGAGGCCGUCGCAUGGUGGCUGGCAGAGAGGAGUUUGCGCCCCGUGCGAGUGGAAUCUGCGCCACCAGGGCGAAACCGCAUCCUGGCCUUGACUAGGUAGCCUAGCCUCGGUCUGUAAAGAAGCUCUGGGUGGUCGUUCUCCCCCCCCCCCCCAAGCUCUAAACAAGAUCUCAAGUUAGGAACUCAGGGAGCUACUUUAUUCCAUUUAAAAAAGCAAAAAACUAUCAUCUGCACACUCUGGGAGUAUAGUAGCUUUUCAAGUUUCACGCAGGAGGGCUGAAUUCGGGGUGGUUUGCAUAAAAAAGCAAGUAGUGGUACUACUGAGAUAUGGCCCCCCUCCCCUUUCCUAAUCCAAUCCCUGAGUCCAGAGAUGAUGCUGAGGACUCAGCCUUGGGUGGUGUGUGUAAGUCUCUCCCUCUCUGUGUAUAGGAAGCCAGUCUCCAUAAUGCUAUUCCACUCCAGUGAUACUAAGAAAUAAAUCCCCACCCCCCAGAUCAAGUUAGGAGUGGGCUGCAUCCUUGAUAGCUUGGUAACAGAGGAUGUGGGGCAGCCCCCCACCUUGGUUAUGUUCUUCAGUGCACCCCUUUACUUCAUCCUGUGCAAAUGAAUUCACUCCAGUGGGUGAUCACUGUAGGGGUGUCAAAACUAGUUCCUGUACAUCUCAAUUUCUUUAGUGAGAGUAAGGAUAAAUGGCAAGGGAGCCGUGUAAGAGAUAUAGAAGCUAAUCGCCAAAUGGCACCUUAAACCUAGGUUACGGUUGCCACAACAGAAUGUCUAGGCACCUUUUUUUGGCAAUGAGAUUUCUUAUUGUUAAUAUUUUCAUUCCUAUACUGCUUUAUGUUUUAAAGGAAAAAAGUCUCAAAUCUCAAAACAAUCCAGAAUACGACAAAUUCAUGCUUCAAGGAAAAUAUUUCAGAUCCUUCUCUGACGUUUUGCUUUCCCCAUAUUUAUUUAUUUACCUACCUACCUAAUUUAUAUAGCUGCCCCAUAGCAGAAGUACUCUAGGAAGCCAGUGUGGUGUAGUAGCUAAAGUGUCAGAUUAGGACUUAGGAGAUCAGGGUUCAAAUCCCCAUUCAGUCAUGAAGCUCACGGGGGGACGGACCCUUGGCCAGUCACAGCCUCUUAACCAACCUCCCAGGGUUGUUGUAAGGAUUGCUUCAAAGUUUGCUUUUGAAGGCUGUAGCCUUCUGCUGCAACAGUUGUCCUCAUUUGGCACAUGGAUGUUCUUCAGCAAAAUCCCAUCCCUGUUUAUUCAAAUGCAAGUCCUAUUAAAUGUGUAUAGAAUGUAGCCUUGGUGUCCUAAUUUACUAUUUUAUUUAUAACCUGCUUUUUCUGUUAGUUCAGAUAUUUUCUGCACAGUCCAUCAGUUGCUCAGUAUUGAUCCCAAUGGAACAGUGGCCUUGUGAGCUCUUUGUACUAAAUCUGAUAUGUGAACAAAUAAAUAGGGGCAGCCUUCUCUAUAUCACCACAUCAUUCACAAACUUAGAAGAGUUUCCUUUUUAUCUUGGUUUUCCAAGGAACGUGGCAAAGUUACUGCUAGUCUUGUAGCAAGUUGAAAGAAUAAAUUUAGUGCACAUUUUUUCCUAUGGUCACAUAUAAGUCAGUGUAAAGUACAGACAUAAACUUUGUUUCCAUAGGCGCAUUUGUUAGCCAAUUCUGUUCAAAAUGUUGCAGAACUAAAACACCCUUGCUUGAACCAUUCAUGUUGCUCAUGUUAUUUAAUAAUACAUAAAAAUCAUUACAGUUGUACCUUGGAUCCCGAACGCCUUGGUACUUGGACGUUUUGGCUCCCAAACACUGCAAACCUGGAAGUGAGUGUUCCUGUUUGCGUAUGUACUUUGGAACCCAAACAUCCGACGGGGCUUCCAAUUGAUUGGCUGCACCCUGCAGCCAAUCAGAAGCUGCACUUUGGUUUCCGAACGUUUUGGAAGUCGAAUGCGUUUCCGGAACAGAUUCCGUUCAACUGUAGGACUGUAUUCUUGAUCAGAAGAAUUCAUGUGCUAAAAUACCUCUAGUCACAUGAAGCUUAUCUAUAUAUUGUAACAUCAUGCAUUCCUCAACACCUUUUAACGUAUUAAAAAGGGCUACACAUUUUUGAGAGGGAAGGCUUGCUACCAAGACUAAGAAUGUCCUGGAGAUGAGUAUAAAACAGAAAGCAGAUUUCCUGGCAGCAUUCAACUCAACCUGGGCAGUCUGUAUUUCAGGGUACUUUCUUUCUUCUGUCCAUGCCCAGUUUGAUCAGGAGUAAGUUGUCCCCCGCCCCAAAGAUCUUAAUACUUAUUGCUUCUUUGUGCUGAAUUUUGAGACCUGUUAAAAAAAACAACAACAGUGGUCUGCAGAGAGAAAGAAAUGUAACUGUUUAGAUAACAUGGAUUCCAAAAAGCCUCAACAUCUCUAAAACUGAUAGUGUUGGCUUUUGAAAUCAGUACUUCAUUCAAUAUGAUUUACUUGUAACCUUAAAAUUAAGAACCCAAAUGCUUACUAAAUUUGUUGACAAAUCUUCUAGUAUGGAGAAAUCUGAAUUUAUGCAUGGAAAGGUAUAAUCAUUUAGUGGAGAGCUGCUUUGUGUGUAGUUGGGGGUUUUUUUGUAUUAAAUGAAAUUACUGUAGCAAUUGGUACAAUUGUUAAAGCUAUACACACAUACUCAGACCACACACUCUGAUUCCUUUCCUCACAUCCUGAUUCAGACAUACUGUGAUUCACUGCAGUGUCUGAAACAGGCAAAAAUGGUUUGUAUGAAUUGUAGUAAGAUUCUAAAACAGAAUCAGAAGCUGAGCUGUAAAUGUUUCUAAUUCUGAUUUGGAAGCAAACGACCAUUUAUGUCACAGAUGGUCAACCUAGGCCCUCCAGAUGUUGUUGGAUUACUCAGCCCCAACCAGGAUGGACGGUGGUCAGGGAUCAUGGGCCUUGUAGUCCAACAAGCUUAGUGUGGUUGUAGAUGUUAAUUUAUAAGUAAGAUUUUAAAUGGGAUAUGUGUGUGUCUGUAUGUGUGUGUUUGUGUUUGUGUUUGUGUGUGUGUGUGUAUAUAUAUAUAUAGAGAGAGAGAGAGAGACACACACACACACACACACACACACACACGUACAGACAUAUAAGUGAUAUGUAUAUGUUUUUGGUUUUCCUUUCUACUUUAGGUGCCAGAAACCAAAGUUUGUUCUUAAGGCUUGUGCAGAGCUUAAUUCAAAGCAGUACAAACCUAAAAUAAGUUUAAGAAAGUAGACUUCAGGUUUUCAUGCUAGCAGUUCAGAGAGAAUCAGCUUAGUGAGUUUAUAGGUGAGAAAUCAAAUAUGCUCUUUGUGUGGUGGUCUAGUUCACAGUAUUGUCCAGACUGACACCUGCCAUUCAUGCUGUGUGUCUUGCCUAUUACUGAGACUCCUUCACUGGUGUCACUUGUGGGAAGGGUGAAAAUCUUGGGUAACAUUACUGCCAAACCUGGAAGGCAGAUGUUGGUCUGGGGGCAGGGGAGCCGGCCUGCAGAGAAACAGCAAAAUAGAAACUGAAAGCAGAGAGGAGGGAAUUGCGAUUUAUGUGGAACAAAACGGGGAAAAAAUGGUUUAAUUUUAUAAACAAAUAGGGCAUCAGAAGCCUUUGGGCAGGGAAAUAGAAAAGAGAGGGGGUAAUGGAGGGUGGGGCUCACAUCCAUGGUGGCAAGGAGUGAAACCCAGUUUGCAAGUAACACUAAACCAAAUCUUGACUUACUGUGUGAGCAUGUGGAUUCCCAGUGAGGAGACCACAGCCGCUGCACUCAUGCCCUUGUCCUGCUGCUGUGCUGCCCAGAGCUAUGCCAUGGUUUGGCUUAGUAUGUUGUCAAAACUCACCAUUUGUGGUUUGUCUCAUUCCAGGCAAAUUGCAAGCUGUUUUUUAAAAAAUAAUUAAGGGACAAAUACCUUGGUUAUUGGUUACAAGCUUGUGGUUUGGAUGAUGAACUAAGUCAAACCAUGGCUUUACCCUGGGUAGCAUGGUGGCAGCAGAAUUGGGAGAGGAAUGCAGCAGUGACAGUUUCCUCUCUGGGAACACCACACUAAGCCACGGUUUGGCUUAGUGUUCUGAGCGAACUGAAGCAGAGAGGGAAGACUACAUGCAUACUACAAAGAGGAUGGCGAGAGUAGAGCACACUGGGGGACAGGAUUAAUAAAGAGAUUCAGAGAAACAAGUUAAAAAAGAGAGCAGGGGUUCCUACAGGCUGCUGGAAGAAAAAGGAAGAUAGAAAAUCAGUUAAAAUAAUGAAACUAUAGCAAAAAUGGUUGUCCAUUGUUUACUUAGUGAGACAAUCCUCCUGAGUUAAUAGAAGCAUAACUGGAUCGGAAUGAUUUGAGUUGUGGCCCAAUAUUUUUUAAAGGUGGCAGUUAAGAACAACAUUUCCUGUUAAUUCAUAUUAGCUCUUUUUGUAGCCAUAGGUGAAUAACAUACUUUUGGCAUAGUCUUUUUAAAUGAAUAAAUUGAAGAUGAUGCCUUCCUCUUUAUGUGGCUGGGAGAGAGAUUUUGCAGAAUAUUUUUAGCUUGUUUUGGAGACGAGGAAAAAAAGAGCAAAAUGUGUGCUUUUAAACUUGCUCUUGAACAUGGCCCUUACUGGAAUAAAGGCAAUACUUAAUAUUGAGUAUAGGUUGUCUCAUUUGGGGAAUAAAGCAUUUAAAGCAGGAGCUUGGUUUUGUUCUGGGUUUUCUUUAAAAUAUACAACUAAGGCUCUUAAGUUUAUCCCCUUCAAUGUGUGAAUAAACUUUGUUUCGUUUUGCCCAAGGAUAGCAAACAUGGAGCCCUCCAGGUGUUGAACUGCAACUCCCAUUAGCCCAACCCAGUAUGAUCAGGAAAGAUGCAAAUUGGACUACAGCUUAACCUGGAGGGCACAAUAUUGGUUAUCCCUGACCUUGCCUGUAAAACUGUAAUUUAAUAUAGCCAACCAGACUAUUUCUUCUGUCUUCAUUUGAUCGCUUUACAGGAAGGCCCUCAGAGAAAGAAGAGGAAAUCUGAAGCUGCAGAAGCAGGUGAACAGUUAGAUCUUUUGGCUAUUGGUACUGCAGUUGGCAGCAUUUUGUUAUACAGCACAAUAAGAGGAGAAUUACAGAGUAAACUAGUAAGUAUUACUUGCAACAACAUUCAAUGUUUUUCUAUGACUAAAAUAAAUUGUAUUUUUCUUAACAUAGGUUUUAUUAGACUAGCUUAAUCAUAGCUCACAUACAAUGGUUCAAGCAUUGAUGCAGUUAGAAAUGGAAUUUGUAAAACCUGCAAGGUGUCAUGGGAACUUGAAAUGCUUGUGUUUUUGGUGAAAUACAUGACAAGAGAAUAAAUUACCCAAAUUUCAUGCAGCUGCUUAUAUGAAUUUUACAGUGUGCUGCUUAUACAGUGUGCUGACAGUGUGCUGCUUAUAUGAAUUUUACUUGAAAUUAACAAAGUCCUUCAUAAGUAACUUAUUUAGGUUUUGUAAAAGAAUGUACUUCCCUGUCUGUGACUGAAAAGAUGGGAAGUUAAUAUUUGGGUAAAUUACAAUGUAUCUCUCUUGGUGGACCUAUGGUUUUUUAACAUGUAUAUUAGUGUCCGGGUAAGUGGACUUAAAGGAAUAGCAAGAUGUAUAAAGAAUUCAAGGGGGAUAAUUCAAGUUAAGCCAGAAGCAGGCUGAAAUGCCAGAAGGGUCUCAUGACGCAGAUGGACAAAUUUUGCUUCCUUGAUAUUCUGGAAGUAUUCCCUGAUAUUUGGGUAGUAAGUCAGUGGUCUGCUUCAUGCAUUUCCGCUGGGCUGCAGUUACCAAAAAGGUAAACAAUUUCGGAGGGUGAUUAGAAAUGUUAUACAAAUACAUAAAAUAUUCAUACCACCUCAAUAUGUCAGUAAUAAGCAAGUUCAGGUACCCAUAAUGGGGAACCUUUGGCCUGCCGGGCUGUUUCUAGCCAUCUUUGCCUGCAUGCCAAUGAUGUGAUGUAAUUUGAUGUUACCUGUUAGCCAUUUUAAUUUGCCCCACCACUUUUCACAGUUUUCCUAGGGUUACAUUGAAGUCACAGUUUGUAGUUCUUUGCUGUGGUUUUUAUUGUACAAUUUUUAAAGACACAUUUGAAAAUGGUACAUUUUCUGCAUCUUCUGUCCAGUUGCUAGAGGAGUUUCUGCAGAUCCUCAUAUCAUCUAUGGUAAUGCUGAGGAGCCCCCUUCUUAAAAUGAUUCAUUCAGGGAGAACUUGAAAAGUAGAAGAGCAUGAUAGAGUGGACACAUCUCUUGUAUGACUAGAUGUAGUGAUUAUGGGACAGCUCAGGAAAGAGGUACUCAAACAAUUAAAAACAAGGAUAUAAUCAUGUUGGUCCAUAAGAGAGAGAAAAAACCCUCCAACGCCCACUCUUAGAUAGCACCUUUAUUAGUACCAACCCAAAAAGUCAGAAGAAUGUGUCAAGCUGUUGGGCUCUUCAGGAUUUUUCAUUGGGCAUGGUGUUACCUGGGAUGGAGACAGUAGUUGGAUGAGGAAACUUACCGUAUUUUUUGCUCUAUAAGACUCACCUUUUCUCUCCUAAAAAGUAAGGGGGAAUGUGUGUGUGUCUUAUGGAGCGAAUGCAGGCUGCGCAGCUAUCACAGAAGCCAGAACAGCAAGAAGCGAUCCCUCUUGCUGUUCUGGCUUCUGAGAUUCAGAAUAUAUUUUUUUCUUGUUUUCCUCCUCCAAAAACUAGGUGCGUCUUGUGGUCUGGUGCGUCUUAUAGAGCGAAAAAUACAGUAGCUGCUUCUCAAUCUAACCUACCUCACAGGGUUAUUGUGGGGAUUAAAUUAGGAAUGGGAGAACCAUGUUUGUCACCUUGAGCUUCUUGGAGAAAAAGGUGAAAUAUAAAUGCAACAACAACAACAACAACAACAAAUGACAACGAUGAUGCUACUACUAAUAAUAACAAUCCAUCUGUGUUCAAACAUGGUCUGCCUGCUGCUGCUACGUCUAGUUCAACCCUGGCUAACAAAGCCAUGUGUUUUCCACUACUUUGUCCUGAAGAAGUUUGCCCUAAGCAUGAAGUUACUGGGCGUGAAUGAUAGAGCACAGAGUAAUCCACAAGCGCCCCAGUGACAAAUGUUUUUGCAAAAGUACUGAAGUGGCCACAGAAGGGUAGCAGAGAUUGAUCUAACCCCACUAGGGAAGUGAUGUUACUUGCUAAUAACCUUUUCUUUUCAUCUAGAGUGGUCAUGACCGUAAAAUAAACUGUGUACGGUGGCACCAGGACAAUGGCUGCUUAUAUAGCUGUUCAGAUGACAAACACAUUGUGGAAUGGAACACACAGACGUGCAAAGUGAAAUGGUGAGUCUGGUUUUAAAAACAACACAAAACAGCUACAGAGAAUUUAUUGCUGGAGUAGAUGCCAUACAUGGAGGUUUAAGACAUUUGGGGCGGGGGGGGGGAAUGGCAUAUUUUCUGCAGCAAAUUAUUUCCUCUAUAUUAUGAUGUGCGUGCAGUAAGAAUUCUCAUUCAAGUUGGGGCGCUUAAGGCCUUUACUUUAUGUAGCAAUUAAAUUGGUGGCUGCUGUGUGGACGAUAGGUUGUUUUGCUGCUAAAAGGAUUUAUUUGUGAGUUAUUUUAGUUGCAAUCAGGGAGCACAUUCAGUGUAGAGAACAUGAGAUAAAAAUCAUAGGUAUAUGAGAGAUGAGAUGUUGCAGGUGCCUGGAGGUGUUUAUAGCUGUACAGUGAUAAUAUCGCCACUGAUGUUAUUACAGGAGUGAAUCUGAUUUAUUUCAGAUAGCUGCAUUUAAACUCUGUCUUUGGGAGUAUUUCCUGGAUUCAGAAGAAGCUCAGCAUUUUAAAGUUUCUUAAAGGGGGGCGGGCAGGAUAAAGCACAAGGUCUAUUUAUCUGUUUUGGUUAUUAAAGCACAUUUUCUGAAGAUUAAAGCAUGCAAACUUAAUAGAAGACUUCCUGUGUUGAUCAAGUUGUCCAUUUGCAAAAAAGGGAAUGUUUCUUCCUCACUUAUUUUUUUCUGGCUUCUCUGAAGUUAUUGAGCUUCUGCAAGGAAUGGCUAAACCAAAAUAUGUAUGAUUUGGAAUACCGGAAGCCUUAUGGCAUACCGGAAGCCUUAUGCAGAUUUACAGACCUUACACAUAAUUGUGUUGCCUUCCCUGCUCAGCCUAACAUUUACAUGUUGCACUUGGCAUACAGGCUACAACCAGUUGAUGCAUGUCCAAUUGAUGCGUGGCCAUGCACCCACACAUCAUGGCAACUUGGAAGUGGCCAGAAAAGGGGGCGGGUCUGAUUUAUGCGCACUUCACCAUCACACACGAUUACCUGGGAUACAACCCACAUGCAAAUCGGAGGUUGCCUGUAUAUGUUAGCAUACAACUGCCCAGACUACUGUUGUCUAGGUCUCUUAAGCUGUUACAAAUGAGGCCAGUAUUUGAGUGGGCUGAGCUGGCACAGUUCCGAUGAGCCCUGAAAAGCUAUAUGCACAUUUAUAUAUUUAAGAUAUAUAUACAAUUGGCAAAUAAAACCCAUAACAGCUUGGGACCAGUUUACUUCCAGGAUUACCAUACCAAUUCGACUGCUUUGAUCUGUGGACCUGGUUCUGUUACAGGUGCCACGUAAUACUCAUUCUACAGUUGUAAGAUACUGUUGCAGCACCUGCACUUUGGAACUCCCUGCCUGUUGAUACCAGGCAGGUUCCUUCACUGUAUUCUUUUUGGUGCCUGCUUAAAAUAUUUUUGUUUACGCAAGCCUGUCCAGAUAUAUAGAUGCUGAUGUGUUUUGAUCUUUUAAAUGUUUUAAUUACUUACUUUUAACUGUUUUUAUUGGUAAUUUUAAUACUUCUUGUAAAUCACUUCCCAUGGCACAUUUAACACUCUUGAAACAAAUGUUUUGAGGCUACAGAAUUCUAUUAUUUUAAAUGCCCCUCCCUUUAGUUUUGCCAUGGUACGUACUCUUGCCAGAGCUGUGCUCACUGUUCUUCCCAUUCUUCUCAAACUUUCUAGCAAAUGGAAAGGAGAUAACAGCAGUGUGAGCUCACUAUGCAUCAGUCCUGAUGGAAAGAUGCUUCUGUCAGCUGGUCGAUCUAUCAAAUUGUGGGACCUGGAGACCAAGGAAGUCUACAGAGUAAGUAUUCACUUGGGGUAAAUAAGAACAUAGGGAAGAUUGCUAACUUCUUAUGGUGAACUGAGUUGCUUCACUUCAUCCUGUUUAAGUAAUAUAAUUUAAGAUAGAGGUUUGCUGGAAGGUUUGCUGUGAUGAUACUGUCAAUGUGGUUUCUACUGGCUGACAGUUGAAUGAGGACAUGAGAUUCCUUGGCUGUGUCUGAGCACUGCCAGCAGCCUGUUCACCAAAUUACAUCUGCAUUAUGCAGAAGCAUAGAGUUGUGUCCAGGGGUUUCCCUAAGUAGACAAAAGGCUCUUUGAUCCAGAAGAAGACUCUUGUCUACUCUCAAUCUCAGCUGUUACGUUUGCUUGAUUAUGUGGGGUCUCCCAACCUUUGGAAGAGUCUUUUUGGUGUGCUGCCAUGGGAAAGAGUGGGCAGGGAAGUCUCCUUCCAUCAGCCUCAUCACACACACACUUUUCUAGGUUUUUAGUUAAACAUAACAUAAGUGUAAUGCUAGAGUAGACCAAAAUCCUGUCUUGUCCAGGGUUCUGUUUCCCAUAGAGACCAACCAGGUACCUAUGGGAAGUUUAUAAGCAGGAGAUGAGAAAAAUAGCCGUUGAUUGCCUUAUACAACAAUAGUUUGUCUAAAGCUUUCUAAGGUGGUUCCCAGUCUAACACAGCAAUUUAUGUUGUUGAGCUGAUGAGCUCGAAGCCUUUUUUCCCACUUAGCUAUGUCUUAGUUCCUAAGGUAGAUUUGGAUAUAUCAAAUGACGGAUAUACCCAGACCUAUAAGUUUGUUUCUUUUGAAGCACACUGACCAAUGCUUACCCUGUGCUUAUUUUUCCACAAAUUCUGGAAAAAUGAUUCCGUUACAUGCAGAAAUACAGUACCUUUGAGCACAUGAGAAUGACAAGCUGCCUGUCCCUCCCACCCCAAGACACUGUAAUGCAUUAUUAUGCAAAACUAAUUUGUAAUAGGUUUCCUGCUAUUCUAAGGAGCCUCUUUGAUUGUUGAACCUGACAUUUUUUAUAUUACCUUUCUGGGAAGCUCUACAGAAAGAUGGAAUAGAUUAACUCUUAUGGAAAGAAUAAUGAUUGGAGAAAUAGAAAGCAAUAACAUCAUGAGAUAAUGAUCUAAUGUACUGAAAUGCAUUCUUAAAAUGACUUGCUCAAGCUCACAAAAGAACAUCAUUUCUUUUUUGGAUAAAGAACAUCGUUACCAGUUUACCUCUUCAUUUAUCCCAAACACAAGACUUACAACUUCUGCUGCAAUGCAUAUAAGCUUACUGUUAUUGGAUUUAAAAGUGGUUUUCUUUAAUACUUGCCUUUCAUACUAAUCCUAAAUUCAUUUUCUCGUAAGAAAAUCCCAUUGAUUUUGGUAGAACUGGUGUGUGGAAAAGAUCUUUUAUCUUACAUUUUUUAAUUGGGUUUCAUUUCUAAAAUUUCUUCUCUAGCAUUUCACAGGACAUGCUACAGCAGUUUCAACUCUUAUGUUCGUCACAGUACGGCCUCCCAAUGAAAAUCAACCCUUCGAUGGAAUUACAGGGCUAUAUUUCUUAUCUGGAGCAGUGCAUGACCGGUUACUCAAUGUUUGGUAUGUAGCUUUCCCCCUAACAAUCAGUGUUGUCAGUUUGUACCCCAAAAUAUGAAAUGUACUUAGAAACACAAAAAGCUCCAUGAUCAGAAAUGUGGAUUUUGGAUAGUUGCUGUGAACAGAUGUAAUGAAAAACGUGGCUUCUAUUCCUUCACAGUUCAGUGCAGAAAUGAAUUUCCAGGGUUCUCUGAGCAUGUGCUUACAUUACACUAUGGUGUCAUUGUUUGGUUAUUUUUGCCUCAUUUUUGUCACUAUUAUAUCUCAAGGCAGGUGAGAUCAGACAGGAAAGAAAGGAAUGCUGUAAUGAGUUUCAUGGCUACAGAUGAGCCGAUCCAUAUCGACCUGACAAUGUCAGAAAGCAAAGAGGAGGUAAGGAAAUGUAACUCACCUAUUGAUUUUCUGAUGCCACUGUGUAGAAACUAUUUUGGCUCAGUUCUGAUCUAUUUUGUAUAACUGGAGAACUUAAAAAGCAGCCAUUAAAAAGAAACUUUGUGAUUUUAAAUAAUUAAGUUGUAUUUAUAGUAAAUGUGUCUGAUGAACAUUUCAUAGAAUCAUAGAGUUGGAAAUGGACCCUGAGGAUCAUCUAGUCCAACCCCCUGCAAUGCAGGAAUAUGCAGCUGUCCCAUAGAGGGAUCGACCUGCAUCCUUAGCGUUAUCAACACUAUGCUCUAACCAGCUAAUCUAUUUGACCACAUUUAUAGAAGUAGAGAAAAUAUCUGAAUUAUUGAUAUGGUAGUUGUUUUGUGAUCUGAUGAUGUAUUAUUUCUUUUCAGCCAGUUAAAUUAGCAGUUGUAUGCAGAGAUGGACAGUUGCACUUAUUUGAACAAGUCUUGAAUGGGUAAGUUGGUAUUUAAACAUACACACAUCUCUAUUUCAAUAUUGUGUUACCAAAGCAUUGAAGAGAGUAGUGGGACAAAUCUCUGUUGGCAGCAAGGAUCAGUUUGGAUGUAUCUGAAACACUGAAUACUCUUUUUAAUAGAGCCCAAUAUUUGUGUUUGUCUUAUAAUUUGAUCUUUAAUAGAAGUCCUUUCAGCUGUACUUUUUGAAUUGUUUUUAAUGACUGAAGCAGAGAACUGUGAGAUUGAGGGGGGCAAUACUCAGGUUUGCCUCUGAUUAUCACUGUAGGCAAAUAUAACUUGCCUUUGUUAACCUGUCAGCAAAAUGGCAAACUUGAGGCUUAUUCUCCUUGCCAUCUCAGCACAUGGUAGCUGUAGUUCUCUACAGCAUUCCAACUCUGAGGUAAUUGUGUUGAUGGCAUACUACAAAGAAUUUGAUUGGCUACUUGAUGGUCUUUGGUUAGUUCUGUCAAGGCAAACCAACCUGGGAUAAUUUUUUUUAUGAAGGAUUGUAUACAGAUUAAUGCCUAACUUCAUUCAUUAUGGAGCUUGAGCUUUGAUUGGCAGUAAAAAGUAGCUUUGGAAGGUUGUGAGGCUUGCUCCCAUGUUUGACUGUGAAGAGAUUUUAAAACUGCGGAGACAGGUGUGCAGAAUAUAAUAUUUAACAGACUUAUUUCCUUGCAGUUCCUGCAAAAAACCAUUGACAUCAAAAUGUACAAUCCAGGUAGCAACAUCUGGAGAGGGAAGUGAUACCACGCCAAAGCCAAUCCCUAUUCUAGCAGCUGCAUUUUGUUCCGAUAAGGAAUCAUUGCUACUUAUGUAUGGAAACUCCUUACAGCCUGUCAUUGAGAGAGUGGUAUGUGAUGUCUUUUUGAAACUCAAAAGUUGAUGCCUUGAUACAGAAUCUGAAUCUAAAUUGAGAUUAUUACUAGUUCAUGCUGAGUUUUAUCUGAUGCUCCUUGUAAUAUUUCAGGAAAGCUUUGAUUUUGCUUCAUAAUUAAAAAUUCAUUAAUUAAAAGUUCAUAUAGCCUCUUGUUUUAGCAAUUCAGUUGCAAUUAAAACUUUGUUAGCUUAGUUUAUACAUAGGUUACAUGAUUGGGGGAAGUGGACAGCCUAAAAAGCUUUCAUUCAAGAGUCUUCCCUGUUACUGAAACUACUUGGAUACUUUGACUAAAAACAGUUACUGACCUGUGAAAGUAUCGACAUCUAUUUUUGUGUCUCCCUCUGUUGUAGCCUGUGAAUACUACAGAGUCACAUAUGUGCUUAGUAAGAGACAUUCAGAAGACCUUGAUGCUUAAAACAGAAAUGGCUGUGACAAAGGUAAGAUUGAAAUCUGUUUUUAAGUAAUCCUUUUCAUAAUGAAGAUGUUGGUUUCUUUGAUAUAAUACAUAGAGUAAAAAAAAUAAAUGGCAAGUUCAUGGUGGCAUCCCAGAAUGUAUUUUUAAAUACACUGGCAUUUUUGUCUGUGAAGGUGAUUUGAACCUAAGAUACAGUUCUGCUAUGGAUAUGUUUAAAAUGAUGGAUUUGCGAGUAUAUUCAUGAUGAUAAGUGUGUUGUCUUUAACAACACCUACAAAACUAUUUCGUCUUCAGUUUCUUGAUAUUUUAUCCACUUGCGUAUUGGCAUAGAUGGGCGAAUGUAAGCUUUCUAACAGUGAACUUACAGGGCUUCUUCUGCUACGCUAGCCACAAAGGAAGGGAAAGUUUAAGGUCCUCGAGUAUGCUGUGAUGACUUUGAUCUUGGUUUCGCUUUUUGCUGAAUUCCAAUGAUGACACAUUUCUCUUGGCUGUCUGAGCAUACCUAAAGGAUGGAAAGCAAUUUGUAUAUCUCACAGGGGCAUGCCUCUCUGUUCUAGGAGCCCUUAUAAUUAGGAUCCAAACAAAGCCCACCAAAAUAGUAGACUCAUUGCAAGCAGGAUAGUUCCUUAAUGAGCCAAAUGAGUGUUGCUUAAUGAGCCAAAAUAAUGCUGCAAUCUAAUCAUCUUUGGGAAUAAGCCCCAGGGAAAUAAGUGUGGCUUACUUCUGAGUAGACAUGCAUAGAGCAUUGUCCUGUAAUUACUGAAAAUAUGUAAGUUCUGUUUUUGUCAUGCAUCUGGUGCUAUUAGCUGUUGCUUAUUUUGAUAUUUAUCCAUGUACAAAUUGAGCAUGGAUGGUUCCAGUGGUUUAGUUUAUGACCUUUGGCGAAAACUCAGAUUUCCAAAAUGCAGACUUUUCUUGCAAACAAAUUCAUGUUAAAGUAACCAUAUCAUUCAAAAGUUGUACCCAAUUAAGUUCUACUCAAAGAAGGCCCACGGACCCACUAUUGUGCAUAAGGAUUUUCAUUGCAUAAGUGGGGGGACAGACACUUCCACAGGUCUCAGUACAGGCGGAAUAAAAGAAAAUGUGGGAAGGCCAUUUGAGCUUCUGCUACCUUGCUGUAAGAAUGCAAACGGAAAUCCCAUGGGAAAUUGCCAUGCUUUUACUGGCCUUUGAUACCCUCCACCCACAUAUAUGACUUAAGGAGUGAUCAGUCUACCUACCCUGUAUCUCCUGUUAAUAUGCUUCCUGGAAGGAGGGACUGGAGAGCUUGCCUUUCCCUAGCAGCUGCCCUUUGAAUCUUAGGAUGGUCUAGUGUUCCAAGCAAUCAGUAUAGUUUAAGUCACUAAUAAAGGUGUGGUUUUUUUUUUUAAAAAAAGUACUGAGGCAACUGAGAACUGGCAUAUGGCGGCAUUAGCCGUUCUGCCAUUCCAGCAAUAAUGGCUUUCAGUUCCUAAGGCACAAGAGAUUUCAACAGGUUAUUAGGAUUUUUUUUUUAAAGUGCAUUUUAAAGAUCAUAAAAUUUAAAUUCUAGGUAUUAACCCUGCAGUUCUGUUUGCUUAGUAAGUAUCUUGUUUCUGUUAUUUUUCUUACCGUUUAAAUUGUUUAAAUAAUGAACUAGCUGCCAGGUAUGUUUUCUCUUAAAAGAACAGUUUUGGUUUCAAGUGAAAUAUCUGUUGUGCAAAUUAAAUUGGAGCAAGAUCAAAAUUAUUGUGUAAAAUAGGGGGGCAGUUGUACUCGUACAAACGCAGAUAUCUUUUCUUCUUCUUUUUUAAAAGGUGAAAACUCCCAUAAUCAACUCGGAAGUCAAAACGCUAAUGCCUGGACUUCCUGGCCAUAGUGCAGCUAUCAAACCUUCAUUUCGUGGAGAGAAAAUGGAGACCAAAAGAAAGUCUACUGCAGCUGGUAGAGAGGUGAAUUGAUGUUUGGCCUAGAAUAAAUGCACAGCACAAUCAUCCAUGUACAGUACACACUGUGGAGGAGAAUGCACUUUAGAUAUUUCUUCAGUACACUAACUUUCACGUUGUGUUCUGGGAUCCCUGUGGUUUCUCAGCAAGAAGGCCAAAUACAGUGGAUAAGCUUCCUUGAAGUACAAUUCUUUGCUUUCUCUUUUGCUUUUCUUUAUAGUGUACAUUUGUGGGGCAGUGUUGGGGCACAUUCUCAGUUCACAUGGGGCAGUGUUGAGGCACAGUGUGUGUGGCCAGUAUGCCAUAUCAAUGGCAUAUAUACGUGUGAAGGUAUUGCCACUUCGUGUGUAUGUUUUGUGGUGGUGAUGGGGAAAUGAUUGCUAUUUGUUUUUAAGUGAUUAUUCUAACCAGACAGUUCAGAGGUUCACAAGAAGUGGUCAAAAGUUCAACCCAGGGAAUUGAAACUAAAUCAUUUUAUUUGUAUGCUGCCUUUCCAAGGACGGCUUAGAAUAUUUUUUUUUUUAAAAAAACAUAUGUAACUACAAACAUAAAAAGUCAUAAACAAUAAGCAAACAUCAAAAAGUACAAAAACAAAUUGAACAGUUUCCACAUAAAUCAUAAGAUACAAGCUAAAGAUACAAAGAAUCAACAUCCACCACAGUAACAACAGCCCCCCAAGCAAAAACUGCUAAAGAAUACCCCACUUCCUGGUCAUCCAUUAUCUCUUGAUUGUGUUCUGUCCUUAAGCUUAAUGAAUGGCUGGUCUUUCAACAUGCAACUGUAGUGCUGUGAAGAGGGAUUUGGCUUAUUGGUGGGUGGCAUAAAAAGCACCACAAAGCUUAAUUAUGGGGAUACUGUCCUGUAUGUAGUGCCCCUUGCUGUGCAAAUAAGAAUGACUUUUUCCUUGCUGUAUAGGAGAGCAUUGAAGACCGCCUUGGUGCAAUGGAUAUUGAUGUGAUGAAAAUGAAACAGUCAACAGGAGGCCUUCCACAGACGGACAAUUUUGCAGUGCUUUUAGUUCAGGGUUUGGAAAGCAGUGAUCCUGAAAUACUAAAUGUAAGUGUAAAGAGCGUUGUGGAUAGGGAAGACUCCCUCUUGUACCAAAUAGCCAUAUUUAGUAUUUUAUUUAUUAGGUUUUAUGUAUUGCUUAUGUGUAAGUCAACCUGGAAGCUUUAUUGAAUGGUAGCAUAGAAAUAAUUAAAUGAGGGGUUUGCUUUGGUUACUGCAUGCCUGUUCAUGCAGCAGGCUACCCACACUCCAGGGCUGCAUGUUCCAUGUGUUCCCUCUAUUUUCAAUGUUGUGGCUGUGAGUUCUGUUGCUUAAAUGGUAGCACAUGUUUUCAAGAGGGGGGGAGAUACUGUAAACUUGGGGAACCCCAACAUUUGCAGAAGUACCAAAAGAAGUCUUCAUGAGGACUAAUUUUGCUCAAUCACCACAGAAUGCUGUCAUAGCGUUUCAUCCAGUACUGUAUUGUGCACACGCAGAAUGGAAUUUCACUUGCACAAAGGGACCACCCUCCCUUGUGCACCCUCAAGAUCCGCUCGGGAGAGUUGGGAGAUACUUCGGAGCAGAUUUGGGGUGUGCGUGGGGGGAAGAGGGGAAGGUGAAGUCCUGUUGCGUGAGUGGAAGUGCAUUCAUGCAGUAGCUGUUUGGAAUGAACUGAAAACCUGGUGGGAGGGUGGUUGGAACUAAGGUGUUGUUGAGGAAAGCAUGGCUGACAAGUUUAAUAGUGAGCAUGACCACUCCACGUUGAAACAUUUUGUUGUAGGUCCCACUUGUUUUUGCAUUAUUUUCAUAGAAUUGGAAGGGCCCACGAGGGUCAUCUAGUCCAACCCCCUGCCCAGUAUGGGGCUUGAAUCCAUGACCCUGAGAUUUAAGUCUCAUGCUCUACCAAAUGAGCUGAGGGCUGUGUGUCUAUGUCUGUCUGUCUGUCUGUCUGACUAGUCCAAGGCCAUCUGAUGAGUGGGACUUUGAACUUUGGCUUUACCAGUUGAAUUACAGUGCACUACCCAAUAUGCCACACUGGCUUCUGAUACAGGGCAUUUUUGGUGCUGAGCAUAAGCUAGUAACAUGGUUCUUUCCCUGAUUUGCUUUCCCCUCUUUUAACAGAAAGUGCUUCAAACCAAGAAGGAAGCAAUAAUAAAGAAAACAGUAGCCAGAAUGCCUGUGUACUCUGUCAUUCCUCUGCUGCAUGAGGUAAGAAAUAUUUUAUUAUAAGUCACUACAAUACCAACAUGACACCAGAGUCUUAGUUUAAGCAAGGCAGACACAAGCUUUGUCAUAAACUGGAAUGGUAUGCCUCUUUCAUAUGAAAGUGGCCUUUAGUUCUCAAGAUUCUGUGCCUUGUCAAGCUGAAAGCCAGUUAUGAAAACAAGGUUAGUUUCUUGUCACAUAAAACCUGAUGCAGCACCAGAAGUGAAAUAAAUGGUUGUUCUGAAAAAUGGAAACAGACAGCACUGUAUCUUAGUAAUAUCUGCAUAGAAUGCAUUUUACCACAAGUGAAUGUAGUUCAUUGCAUUAUUCCAAGCGGAAUGGCUGCCAUGACAUAUUCAGAGGAGAAUAUUGCCGCUGUGCUACUUGACAGAAGUUAAGCUGUUCAGACUAUCCAAAUAAUUUUUAUUGGUUUUCAUGUAAAUACUAGAACUACAUAUAAAGAAAGAGACUUAGGGAUCAUAAUUGCAGAUAAUAAAUGGCAAUCAAUUUGGCACACCCCAUCCCUAUGAACCAUCUCUGCUCGUUUGCAGGAGGCUUCUCUUUAAAUUAUAUUUUGCUGUUCAGACUAGUAAACAGCUGUGUGUAGAAACCAAGCCGAUUUGUACACAAACCACAGCAUGUUGUCUUGAAUUUGCCCAUUGGCUUUUAUUCUGAUGGCAGCUGAACACUGAAACAUCACAUUAUGUUGUAACUUGUGGUUAAAAAUGAGUGCAGUGCAUGAUUUUGAAUUUUAUAUCAAGUUCCAUUCUGCUUUCUCAGUGUUCAACAGAGCUAUCACACUAUAAUCAAACUUGCUGAAUGAUCCCUGGUUAAACCAAGGGCUCACUUUGUGCAGCCCUUUGUGUAAAAAUAAAAAAACCAAGUCUGAAACCAGCAUUUAACCAAUGGACCAAUAUUUUAAUAAGCUGGUGUUGAUAGAUAAUGUUUUGCAAUCUGGUUUGCCAUGUAGUACACUGUUUUCUGGGGUUUUUUGUGCUCCAGUAACAAACCUGUGCUAUAAAAAAUACUUUAUGAUGACGAUGAGUAAAAUAGCAAAUGGAACAGAAAGCUGAGUUACAAACCUAUUUGGAAGCAAGGUUUUGAACACUUGAGAAUUUAUAUUUGCCUUACCGAAGAAAACUGUUUAUAUCAGUCUUGUUAUAGCUGUGCCUGCUUUCUCUAUUCCAUUUUAGCUCACAAAAAGGCUGCAAGGGCACCCAUAUAGGUAAGCAGAGAUUACAUAUUUUUCUUCAUUAAAAUGUGAAAGCACAACUCAGGGCGGCGGUCAACAUAUAUGACAUAAUUCUGUAAAAGAGUUACUAUCAAAGGAGACAUAACCAGCAGUUAAAGAUCAUAAAAACAUCUGAAACUGUACUAAUCAAUAUUUAACAGGGAGGAAAGUUCCUUGUAGCAGCUCUGAUCCAUCCUUCUGUUAGACAGUGAUAAAUGAUAGUCUCCCGAUCCAGCAGUAGUGGUGCUUAAAAGAGCAUUAAUGUUCAGUUAGUAGCACCAGAUGAAUGCAGCAUGGCUGGGUGACAUCCACAGACAGAUGUGCAUCUGAUUUAUUUAUCUUUCAGGCAAACUGAUAGUUAUUGCUAUUGCAAAUUCCUCAAUUAUUAAAGACGGCAGAAUGGUUAAAUCAUCAUAAUAACUUAGAGCUGUCCUGGUUGAUCUUUGUCUGAUACCCUGGGGAGCCAAAGACAGUCAAAGGAGGUGAUUCUGAGUUAGAGGGCCGUAAUUCUGCAUUGAGGUAGCUUUCUAUGUGCACUCUCAUCUGCUUUGGGGAAAUAAGAUGUGAGUGAGGCGGUGCUGCCCUUUGGGCUGAUGUAAAUGCCACUGCUGUGAACUGUACUGCUUAGAUGGUGCAUUGUGCACAUCAUGAUUUCUGACAGUUUCUUCAUUUGUAUCCCUUUGUGAAGUGGGUUGGGUUCUUCAUCUUGAGAUAUGAAGCAUGCUUUGUAUUGUUUUUCUAACCCAUGUCAGUAAAUGCAGGUCACUCUCUUUACUCCUUGUUUUCCAGCGCCUCACAAAUGGUUCGAUGGCUAAAGGCCGUUUUAACUAUACAUGCAUCUUACCUUUCAACAGUAAGUACUCUUAAACGCUCUCCUCUGUCCCAACUUUGUGCUUCAACGAUCCCAUUUGUGUGACCUGAAUUCUUUGCCUGUCCCAAAGCUCACUGAUUCUUAAUGCUAAGCCCCAUUGCAUGCAAGCAGAAGCUCACAUGCGCAACAUUGCGUUCUGCCCAUGGUUCUGAAUUGUGCUGAUAUUGAGACUAUGGGCAGAUCCACACCUUCAAAAAUUGAAACCCCACUGCAGCAGUCCAGUGACAAAUAACAAUGGUGUCUCUCAUUGAUUAACUUAGUGGUGUUAAUCCAACCUGUGUGCCUAUUCGGGCCUCCCUGUUUGGUCCAAAUAUGCCCACCUGCCCAUCAUCUGACAUCAGGUGGGGAGAAAAGAAGAAUUGGACACUAAUUCUUAGUACCUGUAAUACUUUUGCUUCGUGGGAGAAAACCAUUACUGAUGCUGCUGGUCUCAUGCCCAUGGAAUGGAAUUUCAAAACUGGGGAGUCACCACAGAGAAGGCCAUAUUCCAGAAGAUGAGACCCAGUAAUUGGUUGUCUCUUUGACAUCUGAUGGGAAGGCAUUCCACAGGAUGAGCGUCACUACCAAGAAAGCCCUCAGAGCUGGACCUCAGUGUCUGGGCUGAACAAUGUUGGUGGAGACGCUCCUUCAGGUAUACUGAGGGCUUUAAAAGUCAACACCGAUACUUUGAAUUGUGUUCGGAAACAUACUGGGAGCCAAUGUAGAUAUUUUAGGACAAGGAGUUACAUGGUCCCAGCGGCUGCUCCCAGACACCAGUCUAGCUGCCGCAUUCUGUAUUAAUUGUAGUUUCCAAGUCACCUUCAAAGGUAGCCCCACAUAGAGCAUAUUGCAGUAAUAAAGUGGGAGAUAACCAUGUACCCCUCUUGUGUAUAUGUGUAUAUUUAAUAUUUAUAUUUAAUAUUUAUAAUAUUGCAGCUGGCUUGGUGUUAUAAUAAAAUGUUGACUAUUCCCAUGUAUCUUGUUAAGAGACAAAUGCUUUCUCCCUCUCCUUCUCCUCAGUUGCCAGAUCUGGUCCCUCAGCUGGGAAUGCUAUAUCAGUUAAUGGAGAGCAGAGUGAAGACUUUGCAGAAGCUCUCUCGCUUACAUGGAAAACUCUACCUUAUUGUCACCCAGGUGAGUUGAAGUGGGUUGUAGGGCACAGGAAAACUAUGAAUGUAAGAAUGGAGGGAUGUUACAUCUUACAAGAAUCAUGGCUUAUACUCUCCUGGGUUUAAUAAUUGAUUUUAAUAGUACUGUACAGUAUUUCUCACAGUCCUGUUGCUUCUUAAAAGCUAAUAGUCGUGACAUAAGCAGUUAAGAACUAAAUCCCACAUUGUCAUCUUGAUGACAAUAUAUCCUGCAGUAUAUUGGUUCAGCCUACUGUGAAGAAUACAUCUGAGCAGCUAACAAAGUUCUAGCCCAUGGACGUUUUUGCCACAAUAACGUUUUGAGUCUUUCAGAUGCCAGAAGGCUCCUCAUGAUCUAUUAUAGAGAAACGAGGAUAUUUCUUUGGAAAUAUUUUGAAAGACGUAUAUGUCUCUGUGUGAUUAUUUUUAUAUUACAAUAACAUACUAUUCUGGAUAACUUUCUGGCAUUCAUUAAGUCUUACAAUUUUCAAGAAGUGUUUCUGAGCAUAUGGGUAGAAUCAGGUGUUAGAGAUGCAAACAUUUAAUGUAACCGUCUGAAACAUCCACAUGCUUUUAGUUGUAUUGUAAACUUUUCUCAUCCAACAGGAACACAGCAAGCUCUCCGAGCAGCACUGCUUUUUAAUUGCAUGCAAUUCAUUUUACUUUCUAUGAAGUAAUGCAUGUUCUACACAUGUGGUAGAAUGGCAUCGUUUUAUAAAAUAUUGCUACAGCCCCUGUUAAUGCCAUACAUUUCUUUUCAGGUUGCUGCAUUGGAACAGACUCAGGAUGUGCCUGAUGUCAACCAGACUGCAAAGCUGGUGUAUGAAGAAGGUAAGGAAAAGGGACUUAAGUGGAGGUGCCUUGGGAGCUAUCAGGGAACAAGAUGGGCUCUGUUAAGGCCGUGGCCCCUUUGUUUCAGAUUUAGAUUUGUGCGUGUAGCAUUUUGGUCUUAUAGACUGCAAUUGGUAAGGAAGAGAAUGAUUCCACAUCGCUGAAAUAAGCCUCAAAUAGUUGAAUCAGUUUUAUUGCUGUGUUCAUGUCAGGCUCUCAAAAGUUGCUUCCAGUAUUAGUCUCUGCAUGGAAGGAAGAGUUGGACUGAGCCUGCUGCCCCAUGUUCAGCAUUGCAUGUCCAGUCCCCUAUACUCAUGAGUUCAGCAAAACAUCUGAAAAGGCCGUUUCCAUCCAGGCAUACAAUUAAUAGCCAUGUAGGGGCCCUUUUCAGGUGUCCCCUUGAACAUGCAGGUGUUUGGGCUAGUGGGGGCAGGUGACAUGGUAUAGACUAAACAGGGGGAGGAGAUGUUAUAUAAAGCCUUAAGACUGCAUGCAUAUAGGCUUUAUGUAAAAUCUGUAUAAAAUGUAUAUAUCCCAUCAGAAAUUGAAACGCUACUGCCGCAGUCCAGAGAUCAAAAACAAUGGUGUCAUUGAGUAACCUGAUGGGGACUCAAGGUGGCUUACAGAUAAUAAAGAAGCAGCUGAAAAACCCCAACAACAAUUAAACAUUAAUAUAAUUAAAACACGAUCUCACUUGUAUGCGUGUAUGUUUGUAGAUAUAAAAUAUCUAUUUAAAAACAUUAUUAACCAUGCAGCUUGCCUAAUUGUAGUGCCAGAGUGUUUGGUCAGAUUAAUUCUAGAAGUUGGCUGGCUAGUUUACUGGUCCUGAAUGACUAGAGGAUUUGGUGAGGGUUACAACCAAAUGAGAAGCAUAAAGGGGUUUUUGCUUCCAUGUUACAGGCUGAAACCAGCUUGUUAGUCUUCUUUAAGAAGGCUUGGGGACUACUGUUAAACUUUGAACCCUACUGAACCUGUUUUUUUUCUGCCAGCAAAAUUGCUUUGGAUCUUUCGAACUAAUAUAACAAUAGGUUAAAUGAAAGAGUUUUUUAGCAUAUAGUAGUGCACGCUCUUAGUAUCUCUUUGAAGAAAGGUCUGUCUCAAACCUCGUGCAUUCUGUCCUGACAGAAUCAUCAGAGGAAGGUUCGGAUGAUGAGAUGGCUGGAGAAAAUGAUUCAGAUGUAAGUAAAAGCUCCCAAUUAGUUCCUUUCCCCACGCUUGGAGGUCAGGCUCUUAAAAGUGAUCACAGUAGUCACAUGUCUUGUCACUUUCUCCUGCAGGAGAACUGGGAUGAAGAGGAUGAGAAAGAGGAAAGCGAUGAGAACGAUGAAAGAGAUGAACUUUCAGGCGACGAACAAGAAAUGGCUAUAGAAAAAGAAAUCAAUGGGGAAUCAGAUUUGGAUCCAGAAAAUGAAAGUGAAGAAGAAUAGCAUAUGCUUUAAAAGGGGGCGAAAACUCCUAUUAACUGGCCUCCAAAACUUUCUGGACUGCCACGCUGAAAACCGCUUACAACACACAAUGGAUACUUGGCCCAACGGCUGUGAUGGCAUAUUGGGACACUGUAUUUCCAAGCCCAGAAUGUGUAACAAUGCCAGCCUUCUUAUUCCUUUACCACCUGUCCUAUACUUCCUGGGAUCACAGUGAAAGAUUUUUCUUCUACAUAGUAGGCAAAGAUUACCCCCCAUUUUCUGGACAUUUCAUUUUGCAUCUUGAAUGAAAUAGUUUUACCAAGGCUCUUUGGAUGAUAAACUUGUUGCAGCUCAGUUUCAACAGUUCCAAAUUCUGACGGAAUGAAGACCACUUCUACCUUAGCCCUCUUUAGUUAAGUACUUUUCCAGUUGGCACCUUGCUGCAUUUUUUGGAAGAGAAUAAAUAUUUUUGUAAGACCUUAAUGUUGAUUGUUCUUCCUCUUCUCUCUCUCCGCCCAUGUCCGUUCGCUCAUAACCGAAUUACUUAGGCCUUGGCAGUGGUACAACGCCAAUCAGGCUGAGCAAAGCAUUUUCUUUUUGAAACCAAACUUUUUAUAUGUGUGUGUGUGUGUGUAAAAUCAGUCACUUUUCUUGUACUUCAGAAAAACAAAAGAAAAUUAGGUUCAUUGGUGGUUCCUGACCUCUUAAUUUUAAUUGAGCUUGUAUAUAAGUUUAAUGCUGACCCAGAGACAAGAGUCCAUCUUUGGAAGGAUAAGGAUAAAAAAAAAAUGAAAAGAGGGGGCAGAUGCUUGUGAAUAAUGUAACACAACACGUAUACAUUUAUUAGGAAUUUUUAAUCUUCAGGGCAGAACAGGGGUUGCCAUUAGUUCAAUUAAACUGAAGUGGUAUGAACAAUUUUUGAGAGCAAGGUUGGGUAAAGGUUUUGAGCCAUUAACCAGUAUAAUGUACAGUUAUUUGUCUAUAAUUGGAGCUGUUGCAACCAAAUACUGCCCUCCUUUGUAAAGUGAAUAAAUAUACAUUGCCUUUAUCAUGUACUAGUCCUGUCAUGUGUUGGGUUAUAGUUGAGUGCUUGCAAGUUGAAUUUUGUACUAAUGAUGAUUUAUCAAUUCUGUAGAUUUAUCAGAUUCUUCCACUAGCCUUCACUCUUAGGUUUGAAAUUACUUUUACAGAGACUCCUUUUUAUGAAGGUUCUUGCAGGGGUGGGAUGCUCAGUAAGUUCUGCAGCUAAUUGUUUAUUAUUUAUUAAAUUUGCUUACUGCCCUUCACAGAUCUCAGGGCAGUUCACAACAAUAAUGUGAAUUAUUGGAAAUCUCAAGCAUCACCUCUUUUUAAGUAUAUGGGUUGUAUUAAAAGUUUUAGAGAGGCAGACAUAGCUAAAACAAAUACUAUCCCACAAUAAUUACUAUAGUCUGUAUUUCCAUAUCAAGAAUUUAAACAUUCUUAUUACAUUAAGUUUAUUCUAUAAAUGUAAGCAACUCAGUCCAAGUAUUUACAUGUACCUUGCUUUGUUACUUCAAUUUUGGUGGGACGUCUAUUAUAUUUUUUUAAAGAUUCAUUACGGCACACUCCUUUUACCUCAAAAUUAAUUUAAUAUUAUAUAACAGAAUUCUGACUCCAAGGGAGUUUAGGAGAAUAGGUGUCAGGCACUAUAUGUGUUCACUGUGUAAGUCUGAACUACCUGCCAUUUUAAAAACUGCAGUGAGAAGGCCACCUGUC